AGCCAAGAGUGCAACAUUGUGGGCAAUGGGCAUAUCACAUCUCCUGAGUCCUAACUCAUUAUCAUCUCUAUUAUCUUCUCCAGUGCCAGUCCCAGUCCCCACCACAACCGUAAUCUUGAACCACUGGUUCAGGAAGCUCGCGCUGACAGAUUCUUUGAGAAUUCACUACACAGGUUUCUUAUUGGGAGCAAGCAAAGUACAGAGAGUUCUUUAUCAUUCCAACGCACAAAUUAAUGGCUUCUCUCUCUCUUUCUCCUAACCUAGCAAACCUCCCUUCUCUGCUCCAUCCCCAAUCUCCUAAACCCCCUCCAUCUCUGAGCCUUGGCGUUCUAUCCAAAUCCGCCAAAUCGCACCUUUAUCCCCUCAAAUUCCGUUACCCAUCCUCGACCCCUUCUUAUUCUUCAGCACCAAAGAGCUUCAUCUUCGCCAAGGUGACGAAAGGAACGGUGCCACCGGAGUUCACAUUGAAAGAUCAGGAGGGAAAGAAUGCGAGCCUUUCGAAAUUCAAAGGCAAGCCUGUGGUGGUUUAUUUCUACCCUGCAGAUGAGACCCCAGGCUGCACCAAACAGGCGUGUGCUUUCAGGGAUUCAUAUGAGAAAUUCAAGAAGGCAGGAGCUGAAGUUGUUGGGAUUAGCAAUAACAAUACUACAUCACACAAGAACUUUGCUAAGAAAUAUAGACUCCCAUUUACAUUGCUAAGCGAUGAAGGGGACAGGGUGAGGAAAGAGUGGGGAGUCCCUGGAGAUUUUUUUGGUGCAUUGCCAGGAAGACAGACGUACGUGCUUGACAAAAAUGGAGUUGUUCAACUCAUCUAUAACAACCAGUUUCAGCCGGAGAAGCAUGUUGAUGAAACACUAAAGCUACUUCCAAGUCUUUAAUCUGCAGGCUGUAUGUUGAUAUGUAAUUUUUGAACUUUAUGUGUGUGCUGCACUGUUAAGGAUUAAUCCGACAAACAUCAAUGAAUAGAUUGCUCUUCAAGUGCAGCGUCCAUUUCGGGUUAUUAAUAAUAACACUUAGUUUAAACACUUUUGCACACAUUUCGUAAACCUACAAUCCUUCACAUAGACAUACCAACAAAAACGUGUAAGGGAAAAAACCAGUGCCAUUACAGAUGCACAAAUCAACGUUUGGGCGCGCUAACCAAGCUUGUGACAUACAUUAGUCUGAUGUUUAUGGGCACAAUUUACAUAUUUUUCAGAU